AUGGCAACCACAACGACCAAACCCCAGUACACCUACACCCUCUACACCUUCUACAACUCCUCCUGCUCCGCCCGCGUCCGCAUCGCCUGCCACCUAAAGUCCAUCCCCCUGCAAUACAAAUACAUCGACCUCCUCACCUCCGGCCAGAACGCGCCCUCCUACGCUGCGCUCAACCCCUCUGAAUUCGUGCCCUUGCUCGUUGUCACGGACUCCGCCUCUGGUGACGAAGUCGCGCGCAUCUCCCAAUCCACCGCUAUCCUCGAAUAUCUCGAGGAGACUGUUCCGGAUGCAGCAUGUCGACUGCUGCCGACUGAUGCGCUGGCAAGAGCUCAGGUCAGGGAGUUGUGGGGUGUGAUUGCGUGUGAUACGCAGCCUGUCACGAACCAGCGGAUUGUCAAGUAUCUCAAAGCUCACGACCAGGGAGGAUGGGAGCAGGAGUGGCAGUCGCAUUUCUUGCUCAAGGGCUGA